AUGGAGGCCAUCAAGAACAUCGCUGCCAAGCUGACCGGCCAAGCCACAGCACUCCCGAAAGGCUCACUCAUCCUUGUCACAGGCGCUUCUGGCUACAUUGCCUCGCAUGUUGUAAACGAGGCCCUCCAGGCAGGCUACAAGGUCCGCGGUACCGCCCGCACCCAAGAGAAGUGUGACGCCACCAAGAAGACCUACAACAACAAUCCCGACUACACCACAGUCGUUGUCGAGAACUUCGAGCAUGACGGCGCUUUCGACCAGGCAGUACCAGGCGUGGACGCGGUCAUUCAUGUGGCCAGCGAUACCACUUUCGGAACGGACCCCAACAAGGUGGUGAAGCCUACUGUCGCCGGUGUGCUAUCCAUCCUCAAGUCUGCGAAGCAAGCCGGCACCAUCAAGCGUUUCGUCUACACUUCAAGCUCCACCGCUGUGUGCUUGCCACAUCCUGGCAAGGAGAUCACUUACACUGCGGACGACUGGGAUCAGGAGGCUCUGGACAUCGCUUGGGCGCCACCACCAUAUAAUCAAGAUCGUGCCUUCCCUGUGUACGCUGCCUCCAAGACCGAAGCAGAGAAAGCAUUCUGGAAGUACCUCGCCGAGGAGGCACCGGGCUUUGUCGGCAAUGCCGUGUUGCCAAACUUCAACAUGGGAAAGAUCCUCUCAUCACCUGGUGCAACAGGCGGCGCUGUGCUCUCGAUCCUCAAGGGCGAUGUGCCUGGAUCGGCUCCACAAUACAUGAUCGAUGUCAUCGACGAUGCCCGACUCCACGUCAUCGCAGCAGCAUUGGACUCAAGCCUCCAGGAGGAGCGCAUCUUUGCCUUCAACGUACCCUUCAACUGGACUGACAUCAUCGAGCUCGUCAAGGAGCUACGACCGAGCAACACAACCACCGCCAAGGCACCAGAGAACGAAGGCCGCGAUCUCAGCAAAGUCCCGAACGAGCUUGGUGCGGAGCUGCUGCGCAAGUGGUAUGGCCAGGACGGGUACAAGUCUAUGAAGCAGAGCGUGGCAGAGAAUCUCGAAGGUACUCCAAACAACUGA